AUGGCUUCCGCGAGUGUUGUGGGCCAACACCCGGUGGCCGCGGAACCGCUGCUGCGGGUCUUUAAAACGGCCGCCGGCAGGAAGAAAAUCACCCUUCCGAGGAAGUCCUCCUGGGAGAAAAUGAUGUUGAGAAGAUGCGGUUCCGUCACCGCUCCGAGUCCGAACCGAGCCGAGACAUGCCAUUUAAAGGACGAUAGGACAGCCGCCGGCGGGUGCCGAGGAACAUCGUCGUCGUCGCCGCCGCCGCCGCCACGUAGCCCGGAGCGCUCCGAAUGCUGCUCCCCCGCGGAGAGAACGGACUGCUGCGGGGAGGCUGCGCCCCCGAGUCUCCCCGUCCGCGUCAACGUCAAAGACUGCUUUCUCGGCUCGGUUCCUGGGGGGCUCCCUCUGGAGCGUCUCACGCAGGGCAGGACCGGAGUGGUCAAGCUCGCCCGCACCGAGCCUCCCCGCCGGGAGGCCUGGGCCAUCUUCCCGCCAGGCACCGCCGACAAGGGAGAGGGACACAGGUUCGAAGCCAAGGCCGUUACGCAGGACUGGUGCGACGCUUGCAGCCGCCAAAUCAGCGCGCGGGCCCUGGAGUGUCAAAACUGCUCCUACACCUGUCAUUUGGAGUGCGAAAGAAACGUCCAGCUCGACUGCAACCGAAGGGACGAUAAGCUUCGAGAAACUCACUUUCCCAGAAGCAACUGCUCCACCACCGAAGACAAAAAGCAUGAAACAAAGGAGGAGGAGGAGGGGGAUGCAAAGGAUGUAAAAGACCUACCAGAAGAAGAGGUGCGCACCAGGAUAGAGGAAUAUAACUCCAGGGUGUCCGAAAAUGGCAUGAAACUGGCUUCAGACGGCUCCUACACAGGUUUCAUCAAAGUCCACCUGAGGCUCAGUCGACCCGUCACGGUGCCGGCCGUGGAGGCGGCGGGAGCUUCCGACGGAGCGCCGUCAGAGGGCCGAGACUGCGGGCAAAGCGAGGACAGAAUUUCCUUCUACCUCCCGUGCGACUGCGUCAAACAACUACACAUCAGCUCCGCGACCACCACCAGAGAGGUGAUCCAGGGCUUGCUUAAGAAGUUCAUGGUGUUGGACAACCCCCGCAAGUUUGCCUUGUAUAGACAGACGCACCGUGACGGACAAGAUUUGUUCCAGAAACUUUCACUGUGUGAGCGUCCUCUUCUUCUUCGACUGAUCACGGGGCCUGACCCCAAGCAGCUCAGUUUUGUCCUCAAGGAAAAUGAAACUGGAGAAGUGGAGUGGCACGCCUUCUCUGUCCCGGAGCUCCAAAACUUCCUGGUUAUUCUGGACAAGGAAGAGGCGGAGCGUGUGCGAGCGGUGGAGUCGAAAUAUACAGUGUACAGACGCAAAUUACAGCAAGCUCUACAGCAACUUGACCCCUGA